UGUUGUUGUGUUUUUUGCUGACGUCAAAUAGAAAUAGUUGUGUGUCGUGUUUUUGAAACUGCCUGGAAUGUUUGAGAAGUUUCUACUAGUUUGGAGGUCAACAUGUCGUUAAGAGAGUUGAAAGUAUGCCUUCUUGGGGAUACAGGUGUUGGAAAGUCAAGUAUCGUGUGGAGGUUUGUGGAGGAUAAUUUCGACCCCAACAUUAAUCCCACGAUUGGAGCAUCAUUUAUGAGCAAGACUGUGCAGUACCAAAAUGAGCUUCACAAAUUCCUCAUCUGGGACACAGCCGGACAAGAAAGGUUUCGGGCCCUGGCUCCCAUGUACUACAGAGGCUCUGCUGCGGCUAUCAUAGUAUAUGACAUCACUAAAGAGGAUUCAUUCCAGACUCUAAAGAACUGGGUGAAAGAACUUCGCCAGCACGGACCACCCAACAUAGUGGUGGCUAUUGCUGGCAACAAAUGCGAUCUCUCCGAUGCCAGAGAGGUGUUGGAGAAAGACGCCAAGGACUACGCCGACUCUAUUCAUGCCAUAUUUGUUGAAACCAGUGCCAAAAAUGCCAUUAACAUCAAUGAGGUCUUUAUUCAGAUAAGUCAAAGGAUCCCGGUUUUAGAUGCCGAAGGUUCUUCUGCGGUCAGGGGCUUCAAACUACGUCGCCAACCAGCGGAGUCGACCAGAGAGCGUUCUUGCUGCUGACGUGGUCGUAAACAAUCCGGCCAAACCCUCUGGAACCUUCACGACCUCUCACUUUCUUUCCAUUAGUAUCCACGAAGAAUAGCAAAUGAAGAAGGUGAUGUCAGAGGAACGUCCCUGUGAAGCUGCAAAAAGAAGUCAGAUAUGGAUUUAGACUCCAGAUCCCGACACAGUGUUCACCACCUUUAGUUCUACAGUUGAGAAGAGAAAAUGCCCUCCUGCAGUAGUUGAACCUCAUCUUAUUCCUCUGCCCUGUUCAGAGGUCCUUAGGGAUCAGAUUCGAUUCUAGAUCACUGCCCAGAAUCAGACGGCAACUUAACACCUGCCGAACAGAUCAGUGUGCUGUCUUGGUCUCUCACAUUCUCUCUCUCUUUCUCGUUCUCCUGCGAAUGCUCUGUUAAACUCUGUGUCUUCUGCACUGUAUCUGCAUAUUUACAUUUUUAUUUUUCUGUCUCAAUGCAAGUUUUCUCAUCGCCUUAUUUUUGCAUUUAUAUAUACAUGUAUAAAUGUAUGGAUCUUGUCAAAUCUGGCAAGAACUUUCCUGUGUCAUAUUUACAAAGGAAAGAAAACAAAGGUUUUGCCUAAAGAAAGUACCUUAUCCUGCAAAACUGCAAAAAUUAUAUUAUAAAGCAAUGCUUACAUUUUGCAAAAUAAUGGGCAAAAUGUGACCAAGACAUGCAAACGUAAGUUUUCUACCACACAAGUCUCAAAAUGUCUGUAUUUCUGUUCUGUAGAAAUACACACAGUGUGAGCUUUAGUUACAAUAUAACUUUAUUUUAUUGCAUUUUGUAUCAUCUUUAAAAGAGAAAAAAUCAAGAAUAAACCAAGAUUAGCACUAAAAUACACUAAAAUAGCACUAUUUUUUGGGGGGCAAAACCUAAAUAUGCAUUAGCGGCAAGGUUUUAAGACAUUAUAAGCACUUCUUUUAUGAGUUUAUGAGUAGGUCAGUUAAAUGUAAGAAUGUGUGCCAAAUCUUUUUGAAAUGUAGUUCUUGAAGAACUUUUGUAACUGAAAUGUGACAAUUUAAUGUCAGUCACAUAGUAACCGAUUGACAUGACAGUAAUGUUGAUGUCAGGAGCGUGAGGUCACCAAAACAAGUUUGCAUAUUUAUAAAUUUGCAAGUCAAGAUACAACAAUAACACAUUCUUUGUCUAUGUUGUAAAAAAAAAGUUUAAAUGAACAAUUACGUGUUUUACAAUGUCUGUCUGUUGUUACUGCUUGUAUUGCAUAUUGAUGUCAUUAAGGAAAUACAGGCCUCACACUUUGAGAUAAAGUUGCCCAGUUUUGAAGUGUUAGAUUUGAUAACAUUUCCAACUGUUCACAAGUUUUCCAUAUCUGAAUUUUAAUAGUAGUGGGAAGGAGCCAAAUACUGGUGUUUUAUAAAUGAAUUUUGCUAGAACGUUGCAUUGUGGGCUUUGAUCCUGAACUUUGUUAAUGCAUGCUUUAUGUCAUAAUCUUUCUGAAAUUGCUAUUUAACCAUUUGUGCAGCAAGUCUCUUCAGAUCCCUUUUUAUUGCGUUUUUACUGGUUCAAGUGCUUUUUUUGAGGUCUUGCCAAAUGCCCUAAUUGUUUCAUAAACAUUUUCUUCUAUGCUUCACUUUUUCCUAAAUAUGUUUUGGUCUUCACAUCCAAGUUCCAACAUCCUUUUACUGUCUGUACAGAGAUUGCAAAUGUGUUUUUCGAAACCAGACACGUUUCAGAAAGAACACAACUGUUUGAACCCCUAAAUCAUGCCAUAAAAAUCCACAACAGAAUAGUUAUGCCAUACCAAAUAUUAUGAUUUUAAUGCAACCCAAAAUUUUCCUUAAGUAAUCUAAAUGUCCUUAAUGUCUUAAUUUGAGAGGAAAGUUGUUUGACGAAUGGAUCAGAAUUGCAUAUUCAUCAAGCACCUUAUAGUUUUAAUCUUAGACGUACAUUGUCUUGUGAAAAUUUGCUGUUACAAUCUGUUACAUUUUAUCAUACGUGCAGACCCACAGUGCUUAAGUUAAUAUGUGUUUAAAUGUACACAAGCACAAAUCACACCACCUCUUUUUAAAGUUAUGAGGCUUCGGUUUUGUUUUCUAAUGGUACUUACAGAAAUGAAAUGUGACAGUGACAGAAUGUUGAUGGUGUAUCAGAAUGGAUAUAAUGGGCAUUGUCUUGAGUUUCAUGUAUUCUAUGACACUAUAUAUGCAGUGUUGCCAAUGUUCAUGAUGUUGUGCAAUAAUAAUACUUAUUUUCCCACUAAAACUAUGCUGUCGAUUCAGUUGCAUGAAUUGAGAUUUAAGCCCCACAGACAUUUAUAGGCUUUUACAUUCAUUAAGAUAAUCCAUGAAUUUGAUCUUUUCAAUAUUUUCCUUCACUUUUUUUUAAUGAAAGAGAGGAACUGGCAGUACAACGGAAAAUUUGCACUUUUCAAAAUUGCCGCUUGUCAAUCUGUGUCCUUUUGCCCUUGUCAAAAUAACUUGCAAUGUUUUGAAAAACGAUAUUGCUAAGCAGUCUAUUGAUGUUUUCACAGAAAACAGCAUAAUUACCAUAUAAAAUGAAUCGUUCGCUGACUGAAAUGUACCACUUUAUAAGUAAAUGCUCUGUUACCCUUAAACUUCACCGUUUUGUUUUCUUUGUCAUGUAAAACUUUUUGGAGUAGGAAACUUGGCUCAACUAAUGCCAGGUUUUUAUUAUACAUUUUGAGGGGCCUUUACAAUGUGUGGAAAUGCAUUAGACUAGCCAAAGAUGUUGUCGAAUACAACGUUUGUGAUCCACUAAAUGGCUUAAGGUCUUGAAUUCUUGGAAAAGGAAUCACCGCCUUUUUGUCCUCUCGCAAGGAGAGCAAACUUUGUACUAAUGCCUUUGAAUGCAACUACACGUAAGGAGGACAAAAAUAACAUGCCAUCUGGUUGUGUGGUUUUUAGAUCGAAGUACAAUGCUAGCGGUCUUGGGCUGGCCCUAAGAAAGUUGUGAAAUGUUUAACUUGUAGAUACCACAAAUUAGAUUAAUUUUGUAAAUAAUAUUUAGUCUUUCUGUUAUACUUAAGCAUAACUUACUAUUGUAUUUCAAUAGAAGUAUAAUUUACCCCAUCUAAAGUUUCUAUACCAUUUAGCCUUUCACUUUCAUUAUUUUCUCAGGCUUAAAAAUGACAUUUUAUUUGUGAAUGUGCAAAAGGGAAAUGUUGAGCUCUUUAUUGAUAUUAAAAUAAUACAAAAUCCA